AUGCAGUUCAAAGCUUCUGUGUUGUUGAUGGGUCUGGCCGCUGCUGGCCUCGCCGCCGCUGCCCCGGCGACCGUCGCCGACACUCCCGCCGCCCCCGCCGCUGUAGAGCGCGACAACGGUGCUCCCGCUGCCGAUUGGGGCAACCAACCUAUUAAGCAAUGGUCGUACAAGCGCGACAACACCGACCCGGCUGCUGUUGAGCGCGACAAUGGCGCUCCCGCUGGUGACUGGGGCAACCAGCCUAUUAAGCAGUGGUCUUACAAGCGCGACAAUGGCGCCCCCGCUGGUGACUGGGGCAACCAGCCUAUUAAGCAGUGGUCUUACAAGCGCGACAAUGGCGCCCCCGCUGGUGACUGGGGCAACCAGCCUAUUAAGCAGUGGUCUUACAAGCGCGACAAUGGCGCCCCCGCUGGUGACUGGGGCAACCAGCCUAUUAAGCAGUGGUCUUACAAGCGCGACAAUGGCGCCCCCGCUGGUGACUGGGGCAACCAGCCUAUUAAGCAGUGGUCUUACAAGCGCGACAAUGGCGCCCCCGCUGGUGACUGGGGCAACCAGCCUAUUAAGCAGUGGUCUUACAAGCGCGACAAUGGCGCCCCCGCUGGUGACUGGGGCAACCAGCCUAUUAAGCAGUGGUCUUACAAGCGCGACAAUGGCGCCCCUGCUGGCGACUGGGGCAACCAGCCCAACAAGCAAUGGUCGUACAAGCGCGACAACGGCGCCCCUGCUGGCGACUGGGGCAACCAGCCCAACAAGCAGUGGUCGUACAAGCGCGACAACGGCGCCCCUGCUGGCGACUGGGGCAACCAGCCCAACAAGCAAUGGUCGUACAAGCGCGACAACGGCGCCCCUGCUGGCGACUGGGGCAACCAGCCCGACAAGCAGUGGUCCUACUAG